AAAAUAAAGUAGUGGUUUUUUUUUGUUGUGUGUUUUAUGAUUAUUUUUUUUUCGGGUUAAAAAGUGAUUUGUGAAUAUUAUUAUUAAUUUUUUUUUGCCCAAAAAUAUGGAUAAUAUUGUCAUUGAUCAUUAUGUCUAUGUCAGAGGGAUGGUUUAUAAUGCUGCUAGAGAUGGAGAUCUAUCCCGAUUAAAGGCAUAUUUACAAUCAAAUAAAGAUAAGGAUGAAGUUUCAAUGCUUGUAGCCGCAAAAACUGGUGGUGCAACACCAUUAGUAAUUGCUUGUCGAAAUGGACAUUUUGCUGUUGCGGAAUACCUCAUUGAACGAUGUAAAGCAGAUAUUGAACAACCCGGAUCAGUUACGUUUGAUGGAGAAACAAUUGAAGGUGCGCCCCCGCUGUGGUGUGCAGCAGCUGCAGGUCAUUUUGAAGUUGUACGUUUACUGGUAGAGCAUGGUGCUAACGUAAACAGUACAACACGUACAAAUUCAACACCGUUGAGAGCAGCAUGCUUUGACGGACACUUUGAAAUAGUUAAAUAUUUAAUAACACAUGGUGCAGAUAUUGAAGUGGCGAAUCGACAUGGUCAUACCUGUUUAAUGAUCGCCUGUUAUAAGGGACAUAUCAGGAUAGCAAAAUUUUUAUUAGCUUUAAAAGCGGAUGUAAAUAGGAAAAGUGUUAAAGGGAAUACAGCUUUACAUGAUUGUGCAGAGUCUGGUAGCUUAGAAAUACUUAAAUUACUUAUUGAACAUGGUGCAACUAUGGAUGUAGACUCUUAUGGAAUGACACCACUUUUAGCUGCAAGUGUUACCGGCCAUAAUCAUAUUGUAGAAUACUUAAUUAAAUUUCCAAACUUAGUCACACGAGAAGAACGAAUUGAUGCUUUAGAAUUAUUAGGUGCAACUUAUGUUGAUAAAAAACGUGAUAUGAUUGGUGCAUUAGAUUUAUGGAAACGAGCUAUGGAUGAAAGAUUUGAAGAAAAUCAAAUAGCUUUACGAAAACCCACAGAUAUUGAAACAGUUCCCGCAUACGACCACACAAAAGAAUUUACAAACAAAGAAGAAUUAGAAGAAUUAAUGGCAGACCCAGAUGAAAUGCGAAUGCAGGCAUUAGUAAUUCGAGAACGUAUAUUAGGACCAGCACAUCCAGACACUAGUUAUUACAUCCGAUAUCGAGGCGCUGUUUACGCGGAUGCUGGUAAAUUCAACCGUUGUAUAGAAUUGUGGAACUACGCAUUAGAUAUGCAACAAUCGAUGUUGGAACCAUUAAAUCCAAUGACACAAAGCUCUCUGUUCUCGUUCACCGAACUGUUUUCAUUUAUGAUGGGCGAAGAAGGUCGACCUACAACUCGUGGACGAGUUGUACCACCAAUUGAAUUUUUAGAACUAAUACGUGUUUUUCAUAAAUCAGUGCGUGAAGUUGAGCUUGGCAAUCAAAUGUUAGAUAAAGUUUCACAUUUGGAACGUGAUGUGACGUGCUUAACUCGUGUGUUAGUUAUAACCUUACAUUUAGCGUGUUUAUUAACGAGACUCUUAGAUCAUCCAAGUUGUGACGAGAAAAUUUCACAAGUGAUUCAUCGUCAAGUAUAUACGUUAGUGAAAUUACGUGUGCGUAGUCGAUUAGGACGGACUGCAUUACAUUUAGCGUGUUGUCGUGAAGCGGCACUUGUUGGUCGAUAUCCAGCUUGCCAAUUUCCCGCGCCACAUUUAGCGAAAGUAUUAUUAAAAGUCGGUGCCGAUGUGAAUGCCAAAGAUGAAGAGGGUAACACACCGUUACAUUUAGCCGCUCUAGCACGUCCAUGUCCCGCUAGUUUAGCUGAAACGUUGUUAUCGAAUGGUGCACAUAUUGAUGAAACGAACAAUGACGGAGACACCUUCGAAAGUCUACUAAAAGGUCAACAAGUGCAUGAACUAGUGAAUAGUGCAAAGUACACAAGACUGAGUUGUAUGGCGGCCAGAGUUAUACGACGACAUCAAAUCCCCUACAAAGGAGUUGUACCCCUAGCACUGGAAGCGUUCGUUUCGAGUCAUUGACUGUAUUUUUUAGGAAAUAAUUUUUAUUAUUAAUUAUUUAAAAAAGAAAAUGUGCAAACAAAAAACGUUUUCUCCCCUUGAUUUUUUGUGUCGGGGAAAAAUAUAUUAUUGUAUAUUUUCCACGUUGUUGUUUGAAACAGAUAAUUAAAUAAUAAAAUAUUUGUGUAUAAAAGAAAAUUCGAUGACAAAAAUUUAUUUACCUGAAAAUCGACUAAAAACACUCAAAACCGGUUAUAACGACACCAGUUGCGAUCGAUAGUUCGUUGUUAGCGAUAUAUAAAUAUCAGACGAAAAAUUAAAUUUCGUUCGUCAAAGUUGGAAAACCAAAGACUUGACUAGGUUUACAUUUUUCUUCGGAGGAAAUUGAUUACAGUGAAACAUCCAUACCUUUUUGGAAACCAAUUCGUACUACAAAAAAAAUAACGACUGUCAUUUACAACAGUUAGUCGCUCUACGUUUAAAAGAAUAUAUAUUGGUCGUUAUAAAUAACUAAUAGAAAUUGUGGACGCUGUAACAGAUAUGUCGUUUUAUCCGAUGUUGUUAUAAAAGUUUGUUCAAAUAUGGGUUCAAUUUGGACCUAGCAAAUUUUAAUCGUAAUAAACGAUUCGUCGCUAUAUACAAUGUCGCUAUAACCAAUUUUGACUGAACAUUGUUUAAAGAAUUUUUUUUUCGUAUUAAAAUAAUUAAAAAAAGUAUUUGCUGUUAAAUUAUUAAAGAAAGUUUGGAUACCAUUGAGAUAUAAAUAUUGAGAGGACAUAGGAAAAUGGAAAAUUUAUACAAGGAAUUAAGUAAAAUGCAGCUUUUAAAUUAGUAUUUUUUCGAAACGGAAACUAUUAUCACAUUUCCAUUCAAUUAUUUUCCAACACGGUGGCCACAAAACGGGAAAAUCUGAAAUGUAAUUGAUUGGGAAUAAUUUUGACAAUCAGGGAAAUUUAACCCUUCAGACUGGUUGUCUUUUCUACCACAAUCAAUUCUUGUGAUGAGAAAAAAAAAAUUUUGUACGCUAUUGCGCAAACGCCAAGAGCAAAAUUUCAAAUUUUGUUCAAACGUGGAGGGGGUACCAUAAGUAAACUGGAAAGAAUUACAAAACCGAAAAAUUAUGAAAAUAUAUUAUUUUUUUUAAAUUCCAAUUUCCAUGCGUCUCAGUGUAUUUAUUGGGUCAAUCUAUAAAUCAGACCUAAAUUAUUAAUUCAUUGGUGAAUAACAUUCAUUUUACAGCUUUAGGAGAAUAUCGAAAUUUGUUAGUGAAAUUGCCAAAGAUAUCUACAUUUGGUAUUCAUAACGAGCCAAAGUAGAUUUCGCAUAAAAAUUUACAAAACUAUGUAUUGCGGACUAAAGAAAAUUUUCUUCAAUUUACCGUCUAUUUUGAGCAACGAUUUUAUCUGAAUUUUAGUGGUUUCAAUUUAAAAGCGAGAGGAAGAGGGUUCUGUAAUUCAUUUAAUUUUACGGCUGUGAAUAAUAAAGAAAAUGGAUUUUCCUCUCCCAAAAAAAAAAAAGAUCUUAAACUACCUAUCAUUUGAAAAACUAAAGUGUUUUUGUAACUGUAUUUUUGUUUGGUAAUAUUUUUCACUGAAAAUGGAAAGAUGCGAAUGUUUGUAAACUAUUCUCAACAAUCAGUUAUCGAAAAUUUACUGAAUACAAAUCAAAAAACUUUUGUCACAUGACGUAACGUUAUAUUUAUGACGUAACCACAUAAAUAUAAACGUGGCCAUUGUUUAAAAUGAUUUCAGUUUGUUAGAUAAUCAAAAAUGUACAGCGUCCAUCUGUAAAAAUGUCUA